CGGCGUCGUUCAUUUCGCUUCGGUAUUGAAAAGACCGACCCGUCACCAAAGAUACUCACAGACUCUCAGUCACUGAAGAACUCUCUGCUUCUCCUUUGCAUGUUUUGCUGCAGAAGAUAAAAGUAAUUUCAAAAGAUGGGGAUCAGCCGUUUUCUUCGAUCCAAUCUCAGAACCCAGAUUGAAGAACAAGUUGUGCGACUUGUUUCAUCUACAAAAUAUGCUGCUGUAUCUAGAAGUCCACAGGAGCAUCUCUUUAUGGUUCCCUUUCUGGCCCGGUCCUAUAGUACAGGGUCAUCUGUGCAAAAGGAAGAACCAACAACUGUUGAAAAAGGCCUCGGGUUCAAGGGCCAUGAUAUGCUUGCACCCUUCACACCUGGGUGGCAGAGUACUGAUUUGCAUCCUUUGAUUAUAGAAAAGUCUGAGGGUAGCUAUGCUUAUGACAGCAAUGGGAAGAAGUAUCUUGAUGCUCUUGCGGGUCUAUGGUGCACAGCAUUAGGUGGAAAUGAACCUCGACUGGUUGCGGCUGCAACUAAACAGUUGAAUACCUUGCCAUUUUACCACUCAUUUUGGAAUCGUACUACUAGACCAUCUUUGGACUUGGCAAAAGAACUUCUAGAAACUUUUACAGCUACAAAAAUGGCAAAAGCCUUCUUUACUAAUAGUGGAUCUGAAGCCAAUGAUACUCAGGUGAAGCUGGUUUGGUAUUAUAAUAAUGCACUUGGACGCCCAGAUAAAAAAAAAUUCAUAGCUCGACAUAAAUCGUACCAUGGUUCAACUUUAAUAGCCGCAAGUCUUUCUGGCCUCCCUGCUUUGCAUCAAAAGUUUGAUCUGCCAGCUCCAUUUGUAUUGCACACUGACUGCCCACAUUAUUGGCGCCAUCACCUUCCAGGUGAGACAGAAGAAGAGUUCUCUACAAGAUUAGCCAACAAUUUGGAAAAUCUUAUCCUCAAAGAGGGACCAGAGACAAUUGCUGCGUUCAUUGCUGAACCUGUCAUGGGAGCAGGCGGUGUUAUAACUCCACCUGCAACUUAUUUUGAAAAGGUUCAAGCUGUUGUGAAGAAAUAUGACAUUCUAUUUAUUGCCGACGAGGUAAUCUGUGCUUUUGGAAGGCUUGGCUACAUGUAUGGGUGUGACAAAUACAACAUUAAACCAGACCUUGUGUCUGUGGCAAAGGCUCUUUCUUCUGCAUAUAUGCCAAUUGGUGCUGUUCUUGUGAGCCCUGAAGUUUCAGAUGUCAUACACUCUCAAAGCAGCAAGCUUGGUUCUUUUUCUCACGGGUUUACAUAUUCUGGACACCCCGUAGCCUGUGCAGUUGCAAUUGAAACACUCAAGAUCUACAAGGAAAGAAAUAUUGUUGAACAAGUACGGAGCAUUGCCCCAAGAUUUCAAGAUGGUGUAAAAGCCUUCUCUGAUAGUCCAAUCAUAGGGGAGAUACGGGGAACUGGAUUGAUCCUUGGUACAGAAUUCACAGACAAUAAGUCACCCAAUGAUCCAUUUCCUGCUGAAUGGGGGGUAGGUGCAUAUUUUGGAGCCCAAUGCGAGAAACAUGGGAUGCUAAUACGUGUCGCUGGGGAUAACAUAAUGAUGUCUCCACCAUUUAUUAUGACUCCUAGUGAGGUUGACGAGUUAAUAAGCCUUUAUGGGAAAGCAUUGAAGGACACUGAAGAAUAUGUGAAGGAACUCAAGUCUAAGCAGAAGUAGUUGCAACUUGUAAAUGUAUUGAUAUCUGACGAUGGUGAAAAAAAGAUGUAGACUUUCAUGUAAAAGCAAAAUCCUUUCCCCUUUGUGUUUUUGUUAAAUGAAUGAUAUUCUGAAUAAAGCCCUACUUCGCCAACAGUUGUCGGUUUAGUUGUACUCGUCUUUUGAACGUUGGAAGAGAUUUCAAGUUCGAAUC